GUCUUGGUCCAGGGCAGAACUAGACUUCAGUGUUUAAAGGGAAUUCUCAUGGCGGAGGAGCUACAGAGAAACACCUCCUUGGAUUCACCUUACAAUGGAAUUUAAGAAGUCCCCCGAUGGUGGCUGGGGCUGGGUGAUAGUGGCUGUCUCCUUCUUUACCCAGUUUUUGUGUUACGGAUCCCCGUUAGCUGUCGGCGUCUUGUACAUAGAAUGGCUGGAUGCCUUUGGUGAAGGGAAAGGAAAAACCGCCUGGGUCGGCUCCCUGGCCAGCGGAGUUGGCUUGCUUGCAAGUCCUGUCUGCAGUCUCUGUGUCUCAUCUUUUGGAGCAAGACCUGUCACCAUCUUCAGUGGCUUCAUGGUGGCUGGUGGCCUGAUGUUGAGCAGUUUUGCCCCCAAUAUCUACUUUCUGUUCUUUUCUUAUGGCAUUGUUGUAGGUCUUGGAUGUGGCUUAUUAUACACUGCAACAGUGACCAUUACAUGCCAGUAUUUUGACAGCCGUCGAGGGCUUGCACUUGGCCUAAUUUCAACAGGGUCAAGUGUGGGCCUUUUUAUAUAUGCCGCUCUACAGAGGAUGCUGAUCGAGUUCUAUGGACUAGACGGUUGCCUCUUGAUUGUGGGUGCUUUAGCUUUAAACAUACUAGCCUGUGGCAGUCUGAUGAGACCCCUCCAGUCCUCUGAUUGUCCUUUGCCUGAGAAAAUAGCUCUGGAAAAUGUGCCAGAUAGAUACUCCAUUUACAAUGAAAAAGAAAAGAAUCUGGAAGAAAACACAAACAUUCUUGACAAGAGCUACUGUAGUGAGGAAAAAUGCAAGAGCCCUUUAGCCAAUGGAGACUGGAAACAGGAGAGUCUGCUUCAUAAACACCCCACUACAAUGGCCCACCCAAAGGAGCCUGAAACCUACAAAAAGAAAGUUGCAGAACAGACAUAUUUUUGCAAACAGCUAGCCAAGAGGAAGUGGCAAUUAUAUAAAAACUACUGUGGAGAAACUGUGGCUCUUUUUAAAAACAAAGUAUUUUCAGCACUUUUCGUUGCUAUCUUACUUUUUGAUAUCGGAGGGUUUCCACCCUCAUUACUUAUGGAAGAUGUAGCAAGAAGUUCAAAUGUAAAAGAAGAGGAGUUCAUUAUGCCUCUUAUUUCCAUUAUAGGCAUUAUGACAACAGUGGGCAAACUCCUGUUAGGGAUACUGGCUGACUUUAAGUGGAUUAAUACCUUAUAUCUUUACGUAGCUACUUUAAUCGUCAUGGGACUGGCCUUGUGUGCAAUCCCAUUUGCCAAAAGUUAUGUUACAUUGGCAAUACUUUCUGGGAUCCUAGGAUUUCUAACUGGUAAUUGGUCCAUCUUCCCCUAUGUGACUACGAAGACCGUGGGCAUUGAAAAGUUAGCUCAUGCUUAUGGGAUUUUAAUGUUCUUCGCUGGACUUGGAAAUAGCCUUGGACCACCAAUUGUUGGUUGGUUUUAUGACUGGACCCAGACCUAUGACAUUGCAUUUUAUUUUAGCGGCCUCUGCGUCCUGCUGGGAGGUGCAGUGUUACUGCUAGCAGCCUUGCCGUCAUGGGAUACCUGCAACAAGCAACUCCCCAAACCAACACCAACGACAUUUUUGUACAAAGUUGCCUCUAAUGUUUAGAGGAACAUUGGAAAACACUAUUUUUUUUUGUCAUUUUAUACUAUACGUAGCAAAAAUAUUUUAACAUAUCCUCAAGCAAAUUCUCUAGAGUCAAGACUUUUUUUUUAAAGAGGGAUUUUUUUGCUAUAGGGCGUGUGCACUUGCCAGAGAGACAGAGA